GAUGAUGCGAGAUUUAGCGAGAGCACGCGCCAUUUAGCGGCAGGACUACUGACCACUGAAAGUUUUUCAACACUCGAGAAGAAAGCCACUCAAUUCUUGAAAUUGUCGAUAAUAAUUACGAUUUUUCGAAUAAUUGAAGUCCUAACACCCUGAGCACCAUCCCGGUUUACCCAGGAGGUGACUGUGGAUAUCGCACGGAGUGAUUGAAUCGUGUUCACAGGACGGACUAGGCCUGUGGCGGACAUUGCGAGCCUUUGUCUUGAUCCGAAAGGUAUUCAGGAUGUUGUCGUUCCAUAUGAGAAAAUUUGACUUGGUGAUCGGGACACUACUGUCCUGACGCCGUUGUUGAAUAACCGCUAGAGUUGUCUCCCCUGACGAGAUUGAGACAAAUAUUUUCCCACUCGGUAUCAGCCCACCUUGCAGGAUUCGCGGUCAGGAGUCAUCGUGGGAUAUACACUUUAAUCAAGGUGUCCCUAUCCAGCUCAUGGAAAAAAGGCGGCCUGUACAGCCGAUCAAGAAGCCACGAAUAGACACUCCCACCAUGUCGAUCCGUGGACCAAUCCCUAACGGGCCGAUGCACCCCCGUCCCUUGGUAGCACUCCUGGACGGUAGAGACUGUUCCAUCGAGAUGCCCAUCCUCAAAGACGUCGCAACAGUCGCCUUUUGUGAUGCACAGUCUACUACAGAAAUACAUGAAAAGGUACUAAACGAAGCGGUUGGAGCUCUGAUGUGGCAUACCAUCACGCUUACUAAAGAGGAUCUUGAAAAAUUCAAAAGUUUACGUGUGAUAGUGCGAAUCGGUAGUGGUUAUGAUAAUAUAGACGUCAAAGCUGCUGGAGAAAUGGGUAUUGCUGUGUGCAACGUACCAGGCUAUGGUGUGGAAGAGGUAGCAGAUUCUACUAUGUGUUUAAUACUGAACUUAUACAGACGGACUUACUGGCUCGCUAAUAUGGUCAAAGAGGGCAAGAAAAUAAAUGGCCCUGAACAGUUACGUGAUGCAGCCCAGGGGUCAGCUCGUAUCCGUGGUGACACACUAGGAAUUGUGGGUCUAGGUCGGGUUGGAACUGCGGUCGCAAUACGAGCCAAAGUGUUUGGGUUUAAUGUUAUUUUCUAUGACCCCUACCUCGCAGAUGGUAUAGAAAAAUCCCUGGGCAUUACGCGUGUAUACACAUUGCAGGAACUACUUUUCCAAAGUGACUGCGUAUCACUACACUGCAACCUCAAUGAACACAACCAUCACCUGAUAAAUGACUAUACCAUAAAGCAAAUGAGGCCUGGUAAGUAUGAAGGUGCAUUUCUAAUCAACACAGCUCGCGGAGGCCUUGUUGAUGAGCACGCUCUAGCCUCGGCCUUGAAGGAUGGGAGGAUACGUGCAUGUGCGCUUGACGUCCACGAAAAUGAACCGCUGAAUUCCCUAAGUGGCCCUCUCAAGGACGCCCCCAACCUCAUCUGCACCCCCCAUGCUUCCUUCUACAGCGAACAAAGUGUGACUGAGCUCAGGGAGAUGGCGGCUGGCGAGAUCAGGAGAGCUAUCCUAGGCCGAAUACCUGAUAGCUUAAGGAACUGUGUUAACAAGGAGUAUUUCACCCCCACACCCAAUCCUGGUAGUGUGCGCUACCCCUUCCCGCCAACUGGUUACCCCGACAGUAUGAACGGUGCUGGCUACCCUGCAUUUAACCCUGCCGCCGCCGCAGCAGCAGCCAUGGGUGUCCACUCGACAACCGACACCCACUCCGUCGUCCCACUAAGUACCGCCCACACGACCGCUCACAGCACUCUUGCUGAAGCUGGCAAUCACAUGGCCAAAGCAGAAAGCUCUGAGGUCGUCCAUUAACCCUAUUUUUACAAACCGUGCUGUAAAACUAAACAAAAGUGCUUGACCGCACCGGAAAGGGUUCAUUUGUGGAACAACCGAGCUGGAUUUUCAGAAGUUGAGCUCAAAAGGAAAUAGAUUAUGCUGUUACUUUAUUCUUGGAUCAGGCCCUGACGAACAAGGGCAUUUGAGAUGAGAGAAGCAGCUGAGAUCAUUACUGCAUCUUGAGAGUGCUGAUGAAACAGGGACUGAAAUUGAACAAUUCAGAGGAACGAAGAAUGGUAGCCAAUGUGUUACCAUAGCAACAGACGCAAUCUCAGCCAAGUGCAAAACCAGACUCCAAGACUUGCUGAGAGCAAUUGUCUUUUCUACCCAAAACUUUAGAAUGUAGAGAUUUGUGUCUGUUUAAACAAAGGGCAAUUUGACAACUUAACUGAUUUUAAAAUCUAAUUGAUAAAAUCAUGUAGGAUUUGUGUGUAGUCGCUUCACAGGUUUGGAAAUGACCUGUCUAGAAGACCCGAGUGUGAAGCUUCGUAUUGUCACAAAUCACGUCCGAAAAAUUGUGUUGAGUGUAUUGAACAUUGAACCUUUUCAUGAUUAUGGCCUCUAAGGUUUCAAGGCGGUUGGCUUCCGGUAGGUGUCAUUUCAUGUGCAGAGCAGCCUGGGUCAGAGAUUAUACAUAAGUAAUAUCUACAACAAGCACCUUUCUUCGAGAAGGGGUCAUUUUGUAUUUUAAGAUAUUACAGUGAGGUGUAGCAUGAUCACUACUUACUUAUGUAUCUUGUCUGCGUGAGGUGGACGCCAAGAUGGAGGGUAGGUGUUCAGGAUUUCAUUGUCAUGAAGUUUUACUCGCAUUUUGUCAAAGAAAGUUUUUAAGCCAAAGAUAGCAACUUUGCACUUCUGUAUGUUCACCCAGAUUUCAACGUACCUGAACGUGUGUAGCGUCGAUGCAGGUGUAGUCGUAACUUUGCAUAUAUCAAAGGUCAUUUCCUCUUUGUGGAGGUCGGAUCAAAGAUGGUUUCAGAUGAACGUCUGCAAAUGAACUUGUUCACUUGAAUACAAUUAUUUUUUGAUAUAUGGUCAUUGCCAAGCUUUCUUACAGAUUUGAAACAGAGGAAGGCAGUAUUUUUGACAGACGGAUUUCAUGUAUUGCAUUUCUUCACAUCAUAACAGGAGAGAUUUUAGCAUCGGUGAGAAAGAAACAUUAUUACUGCAUUUUGUAAUGUACUUUCAUUAAUCAAUCAUAAUUACGUUCAUCCAUUAGCACUGGCAAUUUCCCACAUGGCUUUUAAUCCAAAAGGCUUUCUGACAAUCAGCAUUGACUGCUUUGUGGCAACACUUCCCACUCGAAGGACCUUCAUUCGCUCGAUGUACUUAGAUCAUUCUGCUCUAAGAGAUGUGAUUAGGUUUGUGUCAGGAUGUGUUGCCGUUUGAUGGAGUUUGGGAGAACAACGUGGAAACGCUCAGGCAAUGGUGCAUCCGUAUUCAUCCUCAUUCUUAUUGACCAAUUACUUUGUGUGCAGUUCUACUGGACGUCUACGUGGAUAGACACUGUUUUUCUCUCUCGUCAUCUGUAAUACAACCGACGUGCAUGUUUCUUUUAUACAACUUUCAAAACAGCAUCUGCAGUCGGUGCUUGAUAUGUUUUGUUGAAAUUGAAAUGUUUGAUAAUGUUUUGUAAGUAUUCAUGGAAGGUGAGGACUAUGCAUAGAGGGCGCUGUUCCUAGCAGCCAUCCCUCGUAGCGGCUGUUUGUGCUUGUCUUACUUUAAGCUUGGGACACAUUUUCUUGAAGAAUUAAUUCCAUUGGCAUAUUUUUAGUUCAUUGUAGUCUUUUUGGAAACCCAAACAUUUAACCGUUUACAUUUUUCCGAUCAACACGUGCUUGUGUCCCUGCAUUUUGUCUACUUGAGAAAAAUUAAAAUUUAAGUACAAGAAUUUUUUUACAAAGUGUUAUUAUUUUUUUAUUGCAAUUAAUAAAUUUUGAAACGCGUCAAAAUGGGGGAAAUAUUUUUUGAAAUUUGUAUGCAUUUUGUUGGUAGAAUUUGGUUAGUCCAGUUACUACCAGCAAAUGCAAAUAACUGAGGAAAAUAAAGCUGUGUGUUUUUUUCUCGAGAGUUUGUUGUCCCAUGGCAGUAUAAUGCUUCAUUGCAUUGUCUACGAUUCAUUAAGCUUAUAGACCUAUCUCAGUAGCUGUAGACUAGAAACAAAUGUAGAUAAAAUUCGGAAAAUGCCAGUAUAUCUGAUCUGAUCUUCCAAUAUAAUUUUAUGAAUAAAGACAAUAAAAUUUUCUACAAAUUGG